AGUUUUCAUAUUUCUCGGAGAAAGAAAGAUACGAGUUGAUCUAGAGAAAUAAAACAUUUUAAUACUUAAUUGUGCUCUUACAUGAUGAUGUCAUCAACAGACACAAAUGAAUCCGAUGUGGUAAUUACUCCCGAUACUAUGUCUAAAUUCAACGACACUUUUCCACAUUGUAGACAGUUUGAAUUUAUUGAUCGAGAUGGGCCGGAUCAUUCGCCAAUAUAUACUUGUAAAGUUACUAUAAAUCGUAUAUCAUACGAGGCGAAGGGAAAAAACAAAAGAGAUGCUCAAAAAUUGUGCGCAGCUAUGGCUUUAGCAGAUUACAAUCGGAGGCCUGAUAUUUUUCAAAGAUAUGAAGAAUCUAGCAUCUCAAUUCCUCUCCCUUCAAUAUUAAAUGAAAUUAAUAAAAAUAUUGCUUACGAGACAGGUAUUGGUCGAUUAAAUAUUGAUGAGAAUGUUAGAGUUACUCUUAGUAUCGACGAUCAAAUUUUUGAGGGAUUCGGCCCAAAACAACAAGUAGCCAAAAUUCGAGCAAUUGUUGAGACUAUGGAAACUCUAUGGAAUUUUAGAUUCCAAUAUCAAACAGAUGGCCAACCAAAGGUAGUUUUAUCUGGCAAUGCUCUGGAUGAAGUAACAUUGCCUCCAAAAGAAAAACUUCAAGUAUUCAAGUUCAUUGUCAAAGAGUAUACAAAGGAUUUAAAUGCUAGAGAACUAAGAUUUAAAAAGGAGUUUAAUAUAAAUAAAUCAAUAGGUUCAGGAUGCUACGGAGAAGUUUAUGAGGUUGAAAACAAACUUGAACGAACAGUCUACGCCGUAAAAAAGGUAAAAAUUCGAUUUUCUGAAUUAAUGGAAAAUAAACUAAAGAAGAAAAGUAGAGAAAUAAUUGAAUUGGCUAGAUAUCAACAUCGAAAUAUUGUUAGAUAUUAUACAUCUUGGUUUGAAAUUGAAAAUCCAACUUCAAAUGCUAUAGAAUAUUCAACUGUUGAUGACAUUCCUUGUCUCAAUAUGUAUUUGCAAACCGAGUUGUGUGUAGAAAAUCUACAGAAAUGGCUGUCAAGAAGAAAAGUUACAAACAGUUACUCUUAUUCGAUGGAGAAGAUUAUGUUAAGAGAUAUAUUGAAGGCUCUAAACUAUCUUCAUAAUGAACGUGUUAUUCAUAGAGACAUUAAACCUUCUAACAUCUUAAUUGCUGAUGAACUAGGUAACAUGGUGAUUAAAUUAAGUGAUUUUGGUUUGGCAAGGGAAGUGAAUAAUCCUUGCUCUUCCGCUGCAAAUCUAACCGGUGGAGUUGGAACCAUCUUUUACGCUGCUCCCGAAAUUUACUCUUUUAGCUACAAUUUUUCAAGCGAUAUAUAUAGCCUUGGUAUAGUCACGUUGGAGUUAUUUUCAGAUAUUGCUGAUUCAACUGAAAAGUUCGCCGAAGCCGUCAGAGAUUUAACAAAGAAUAGAAAUUUACCGUAUGAUUUAACGUCUAAAUCUCUAUAUUUAUCUGACACAAUUAAAGAGAUGACAGAUAGCGAUCCAAGUCGAAGACCUACUGCUGCUACAUUACUUAACAGUAGAUUUCUAUUUGAAGACGUUGAAUCAGCCAACCAAUUUACGCUGUCGCAAUGUUAUGAAGAAAUUCGACAGUUAAACAAAACGAUCGAAUUGAAAAAUGAGGAAAUUCACAACCUGAAAUUUGAAUUAGCCAAAUAUCGAUUAAAAGCUUCAAAUAUCUUGGAAAACCCUUUUCAAAAGUAG